AUGGCGGGUUUAGCCGACAACCUCCUGGGCUUGAGAGUCUUCAUCGUGUGCGUCGGCCUCGUGGGCAACGUCUUCCUCGUCCUCGCCAUCGUCCAGACCAAGUUGAAUCGAAUCAAAUCCUUCGAGUUGUUCCUCUUGGGCCUGGCGGCGGCCAACUUGGAGGAGAUCCUCGUGGUGAUCGUGUUCGACGUCGUCGUCCACCAGUCCCUCGACGCCGUCGACGACCUGUCGUGCCGCUCGCUCAAGUUCCUGACCAAGUUCGGCGAGGUCGCCAGCAUCCUCUUCACCGUCCUCAUCAGCAUCUACCGGCAGCGGAAGCUGGCGGACGCCGAGAAGAGCGCCAACCGGCCCAUCUACCUGGACGGCGUCCGCUCGGCCUGGGCGGCGAGCGGCGUCUGCGGGCUGCUCGCCGCGCUGCUCAGCCUCCCCGUGUUCGCCAUCGUCCACGAAGGCGCCGCCGUGGGCAACGCCACGGGGAACGCCACGGGCUGCCCGCUGGACUUCUUCCAAUGCGGCGAACAUUACUGCCCCGUGGUCAACGGCGUUUACAAAUACGCGUUCCUCCUGCUGUGUAACCUGCUGCCGCUGGCCGUCGUCACGGCGACCGGCUGCCUCAUCCUCCACGUGCUGCUGGGCCACGGGGCGAAGGUGACACCGGCGUCCGGAGGCCGGAAGGGCGGCGGUUCGAGUCUCCACCGGAGCACCGUGGCGGUGCUGGCGGCCAUGGGGCUGUUCCAGCUGGACUGGACUCUGUACCUGAUCCUGGAGCUGAGCGGGAUCCCCACCAACAACCCCUUGUGGGCCGAAGCCGAGUUCCUCAUCUCGUUUUCCUACACGUCCAUCAGCCCGUACGUGUACGGCAUGGGGAACAACCUGUUCUCGCUCAGGAACUUGAGAAAGAAAUAA